AUGACGCGGCAGCCCCGUGCUAAGCGCCGCCAGGAAGACAGGAGGCCCGCAGCCGCCACUUGCUGUCCCCCCUCCACUUCCACGUCUACCCCCACCCCCACCUCUGCCCGUGGCAGCGGCGCGGCGGCGGGAGGGUCCGCCGUGGUGCGCGCUCAGUCUCCUCGUGGCGCGCCCACCGACGACACGUGCCCGCGCCGCUCCUCUUCGCCGUCUCUGUUGCGGGCGGCGUGCCUCCAUUCAGUGGCCGCAAUUAUUAUUGAAGCGGCGGCGGCGGCUGUGGUGGUGGUGGUGGUGGUGGUGGUGGUGGCAACCCUGCGCCACCACGUGGCCCAACCAGCGGCGGCCACGCAGGCGGCAGCUGCUCUGCGGGUCGAACGAAGCGGGCUGAGAAGGAAGCCGGCCUGGGCCGGGCCGUGUCGUGCGGCCGCUAUCAGGCGCUCUCGCGUGUGCGUGCGCGUGUUCCUGAGCACGCCUACGCCCCCGCCCCGCCCCGCCCCGCCGUCACUCCGUGCGUCAGUUAUCGGUCGCGCCCGCCACGACACGCGCGGCCUGCUGCACGGAAACUCCGUGGGCCGAGCCGCUGCCUCGUAUAAACCGCGCCGGCUGCCCCCUGCUGAGCGGGCGGCCCCCACACCGGCCAACAAUGCAGUGCGGGCGCUGCGAAACCCCAGCUGGUCGCGUCACGUCAGCCCGUCUGUUAUUGGCGCAGCGCCGGCGGCGGCCGUCGAACGAGAGGCGGUGACAGAUGAGCCGCUUCCUGUUUUCCAUCAGCCGGCAGUGCAGCACAGCGCACCGAGGCGGGCAGCACCCGGCGCACAAUGGCGCACGCAAAUAAAGCAAGCUGGCGCGGUGGGGGCAGAGCGCGCCAAGUUUGAUAAAUGCCCGCGCAACUUCUGCUGUUUGCAGUGCGCGGCCGCAGCAGCUGCAGCAGCCUCAGCGCGCGGGGCCGGCCCAGCUCGGCGGCUCGCGAGUAAAAUAUUAGGGCUCUCGAGCGCGGAGCGGGCGAGUCGAGUGCGGGCGCGGGCGCGGGAGACGAGGGCGAUCAACUGGCCAACUUCGGUGGCGCGGACCAAGUUUCCGAACGGUUCGUCGGCUGCCGGCGCACAGUGGCGGGGGCGGAGCCCCCGAGGUCGGCCGCGCCGAAAUGGCAAUUACGGCGGCGGCGGCUCGCAGCGGCGGCGGUAG